AUUAAAGUAUUUUAUUCUAGACGUAACAAAAUAAAAAUGGCACGGUCGGUACCUUCUGAGAAUGCUAACAAUGCCGACAAUAAAAGCAAUGACAAUUCUGAGUUAGCCCCUGACUUUCCAGAGACAGAUGUGACUUUGGUCUUUGAGGAUAGAAAAAUUCACGUCAACAAGGCUGUCCUUUCUCAACAUUCACCAGUGUUUAAAGCCAUGUUUUCUGGAAGCUUUAAAGAAAGUACUUCUAGCGAGAUACCACUUGUAGACAAAAAGUACAAGGAUGUUGUGGAGUUUCUGAGAUGUUUUUAUCCCAACAAGGAGCGGAGUAUCACUGAACAAAAUGUUCUACAGAUACUACCAUUGGCACACGAGUACCAGUCACCACUAAUUACUGAUUGUGAGAAGCUGUUGAUUGAUUUGUGUAAACCAGGAACGGGUCUGCUACUGACAUCACUACUGGAUUACGUCAUAGCAGCCGAGAAAUGUGACCUUGACACUUUACUGGAUGCUGCUGUGGAAUUUUGUUCUCAUAUUGGUUUUGAUCUUCUCUCAGGAGAAAUGAUUAGAAGAGAAUCGAGAUCCAAAAAUAAACCCAAUAAACUCAUGGUCCUGGACUCACCUCGCAAAUGGAUUUUCUCUACGAACAAAAACCUCUCUUCAAAAUUUUCACAAAUAGGUCUUAAAACUCGGUAUACGAUAGCCGUAAAAAGACUUCAAGUUCUUGAGAUGAAUAAGUGUAAGGCAGAUGAAGGAGAACAAAUUGAAGAUGACUUUGAUAUUGGCUAUUUCAUAUAA